CGAGGCGCGCGGUGGCGUCCUCGCGCUCUCGCUCGCGCCCGCGCAGGCCAGGCAUGAAUGCUGAGACUUGUGUCUCUUACUGCGAGUCGCCGGCUGCUGCCAUGGACGCCUACUACAGCCCGGUGUCGCAGAGCCGGGAGGGCUCAUCGCCUUUUAGGGCAUACCCCGGCGGCGAUAAGUUCGGCACAACUUUCCUCUCGGCCGCCACCAAAGGGCAGGGCUUCGGAGACGCCAAGAGCCGGGCCCGCUACGGCGGCGCGGGGCAGCAGGACCUGGCGGCCCCCCUGGAGAGCGGCGCCGGGGCGCGGGGCUCCUUUAACAAGUUCCCGCCGCAGCCGCAGCCGCAGCCGCAGCCGCCGGCCCCGCAGCAGCCGCAGCCGCAGCAGCCGCAGCCGCAGCCGCAGCCGCCCGCGCAGCCACCGCAUCUCUACUUGCAGCGCGGCGCUUGCAAGACUCCCCCGGACGGCAGCCUCAAACUCCAGGAGGGCAGCGGCGGACACAACGCGGCCUUGCAGGUCCCCUGCUACGCCAAAGAGAGCUCCCUGGGUGAGCCAGAGUUGCCGCCCGACUCUGACACCGUGGGGAUGGACAGCAGCUACCUCAGUGUGAAGGAGGCUGGAGUGAAGGGACCCCAGGACCGGGCCAGCGCCGACCUCCCCAGCCCGCUGGAGAAGGCCGACUCUGAGAGCAACAAGGGCAAGAAGCGGAGGAACCGAACGACUUUCACCAGCUACCAGCUGGAGGAGCUGGAGAAGGUCUUCCAGAAGACCCACUACCCCGACGUGUACGCCCGGGAGCAGCUGGCCAUGAGGACAGACCUCACCGAGGCCCGCGUGCAGGUCUGGUUCCAGAACCGGAGGGCCAAGUGGAGGAAGAGGGAACGUUUCGGGCAGAUGCAGCAGGUUCGGACCCACUUCUCCACGGCCUACGAGCUGCCCCUCCUCACCCGAGCGGAGAACUAUGCCCAGAUUCAGAACCCGUCCUGGAUCGGCAACAACGGGGCUGCCUCGCCGGUGCCAGCCUGCGUGGUGCCCUGUGACCCGGUGCCCGCCUGCAUGUCCCCUCACACCCACCCCCCUGGCUCGGGGGCCGGCGGCGUCACCGACUUCCUGAGCGUCUCCGGGGCGGGCGGCCACGUGGGCCAGACGCACAUGGGAGGCCUGUUUGGAGCAGCGGGCCUCAGCCCCGGCCUCAACGGCUACGAGCUCAACGGGGAGCCGGACCGCAAGACGUCGAGCAUCGCGGCCCUCCGCAUGAAGGCCAAGGAGCACAGUGCGGCCAUCUCCUGGGCCACAUGACAGGGCAGCCCCCGGCCCAUCCCCACGCCCUCCCCCACCUCGGGGCACCGGCCACGCCCAUGCUUUCCAGGCCCCCAGCCUCCCGUCGGACUCUCCUCUUAGGAACCUGGCCUGGGCCAGGGGCCUGGCCCUCAGCACUUUCAGCCACCCCAAGUGUGAGGCCCCGCCGGCCGCUGGGAGGGAGGGGACAGCCGGUCCCGCCCUCCCCGGUACUGAGGCCGAGGCCCCUGCUCCCGGCCCAAGGCGGUGGAGGAGGCCAGGUGGCCGAGGUUUACAGCUUUGCAUCCAUUAUAAGCUGAAGACCCCCUCUCCCCACUGCUGCUCCUCCGCCCCGCCCGGCUUGAGGGUCGAGGCAAGGAUCGAUCCCCACCCAGGCCCAGCAGCGGCCACGUGCAGCCACGUCCGUCCUUCCCUCUGCUGUGUGGUCCCCUGGUCACCAGGCCAGUGACCUGUUCUUCAGAGUCCUGCAGAGUUGGCCUCCUACCCCUCCCACCCCCUUUCGUCCUAAAAGCCCCCCAGAAUCCAACCUCCUGGACCCAAGACACCUGCCUCAGCCUCACCCACCGUGCCUGUGCCCAACCCACCUGGAGGGAUGGACAGAAAGGACAGGAGCUGGAGCUGAAGAAUCCUGCUGUCACCCAGCGAUGCUGGCACCUAGGAGAGCGGACAGUCCCCGAGGGGGCGUGUUUGAGCUCCCUUGCACCCCGAGAUUCUGCAUCUUGGCAAACGCCGCAAGGGGAGGACACACCGCCCACUGUAACCACAGUGUUGGGAGAAGAGAAGCUUCGAGAGAGAGGAAGAACUUCAGGGAGGUGUCUGGGAAGGGACAGGGGCUCAGGCACACACUUCCACUCUCCUGACCGCCCGACACCCCACAACCAGCAGGAUACCUUUUACAGCAGGCAGGUCUGGGCAGCUUUGUUCUCCAGCCAGCCAGGCCCCUGGAGGAGGACCUGGAGACGCUUGUCCCGUCCCCCAUCCACUCUGGUCACUUGCCAGGGCUGCUGAGCAGUGUCCUGGUGUGGAAGGACGUAAACACGUCGGAACACACAAGCGGGGCCUGAAGUCGUGUUGGCAGAGGGGGCAAGAGCAGCGUGCAGAAUUUGCUGACAGAGGGGGGCCCACUCUUGGCCCCUCGGCCCUUACACUGCCUCAGACUGCCUGUCCCUCGUCAGCCAUCCCAGGAGCGGCACCAGAUCUGCCCAGAGCCUUCCUCGGUGGGUGCGGGCUCCUGAUCUCCCAGGCAAGGCCAGAGACAGCCUGCUCUUGCACUCCUUCCCUAGGGAAUCCCAAAGCUCAGCUCCCCCUCCAGCCUCGAGAAGGGCUCUUGGGCUACACACCCCUGGUCACUCGCCCUGUUCCAGGUGGGGACACGGGGCAGGAUGCCGUCCAGAAGCAGUUUCCCUGCCUGCAGGAAGGGGCCUCCUUCCAGGGGUGGAACUGCACAUCUGUCCCAUCUGAGAUGUGAGGCUUGAGUUUUGGCACCAGAUCCACCUAAGCCUGUGGCACAAGUACGUGCCCUCUGGGGAAGCCUUCAGAGGCCGAGAGGCCCCUCCAGGCAGCCGCUGGGGAGAAGUCCUCCCCCUUCCCUACCUUCUCCCUUGAUCCUGUCCGGGGAAGAGGGCGGAGGCCAGCAGCCUUGGGGGCCUGCACUCAGGACAGCCCGUUGGCUUGGGUGGAGGGUGGGACGCUCAAGGUUUAGGAGGAAUCCCAGUCCUCGCCUCUGCCUCGUGUUCUCAUGUGCCCUGGAGGCAGGACUGGGGAAGGAUCUGGCUUUGGGCGCCCUUGGUCAGAGUCCGACCCCUCUGUGAACCGUAGCUCUAACAUCGAUCUUCUAGAAGUGAAAAGCAUCUUGGACAUGGAGUUAAAUGUUGGUUUUUAAAUGUUCCCUAUAUCUGAGGAUCUUGGAAGGGUGCUUAGGAAGCCUCUUCCAGUUCUGAGGUUCACUGAAAUAACUCAGGCUCCCCAAAUCUAGGAAGGGGAAGAGAGAAGCAUUUAAGGCUGGGAAUAGUUCCCAGUCUUCCCCUUCAGGGCGCUGGUGGCUGGCAAGGACAGGGGAGGAACCCUCACCAUACGUUGUGUUCACCCAGGGGGGGUCAGCACAGUGAGGUGGAGACCCCAGGAGAGCCCCAGAGGAGGAGGGGACCGAGAGAGCAGGCUCUAGGCGGAUUCUUCUGGAAAGGACCCUGGGUGCUCAGUUCCCCUGUCUGACUGCUUUCUGGCUGGGCUAGACCCAAGUCGGAUAAAUUUCGACAAAAAAGCCUCUAACAGAGGGAAGCCCUGUGGCCCACCACACAGCCAGGUAUUUAUGAUUCAAAUGUCGGCAUGAACCGUGCUGGAUCACCCCCCACGGGGAACUGCCUGCCCCAGCCCCCCAGGGCCUGCCCAGUCCUCUGAGAAUCCUUGAACCUAGGGGUGGGAGGGACUUGGAGACCCUGUACUUAAUAGGAUCCCUUCACAAUGAAGAUGAGCAGGUGCCCGCCCGGGGAGGCCGGAGCGGGGAGGACCACCCGAGGAGUGGGGCGCACAGGUGGUGGGGCCUCACGCAGCAUCUCAGCUCUCCGCUCGAGGUCCUCCCUCUCCUCAGCCUUCCCUCGGGUUCCUUCCCGGUGGGUGGCUAGGCCCAGGCCCGGGAUGGCAAGAGGCGUCCCCGGAGCACCCCACAGGCUGUGGGGGCCCCUCCAGGGCCAGCUGGCUUCCUGGGGAGCGAGGUCUCAGGAAGGCGGGCAGGGAGGGGAACCAGGUAGGCCCGUGGCUCAGUGCUAAGCAGAUAAGCUACAAGAGGUGAGGCUUCCCUUGGGCUACUCGCCCCAGAUCUGCACCGAGACGGAGGUGCGAGCCUGAGGGAGCCAGCCACCCAAGGGCAGCCUCCUCGACCCGGGAGAGCCUUGACCCCGGCUGCGAACUAGGCCGCGCGGCCAGGGCCUGACCCCAAGGUGCUGCUACCGCCCUCAGCUGCCCUCAGUGCUCCCAGGGCAUGGGAGGAGAGGGCUCUGGGGGCCACAGAGAGGCUUGUCCCCACGUCUCCAAAGGCACCUGAGGGGACAGGGGCUCUGUAACCUUUCUUGAAUCCUUUCGACUAUACUUGAUUCUUGGCUCUCACCACCGUGCCUCCAGCUCCAAGAAGCACGGUGGCCCAGUCGGUUCAGAGACGCUGCAAGGGGAUGGGGACAAAAAUCGCGAGGUGGGUCCCCAGCAUCCACUGCAGUAGCCACAUGGGGCCCAGCUCCAGCGCCACCCCACCCCCCACCCUCUUUCUGGUGGGGCAGCCAAGAGGAGCUUUUCCAUGAAAGCUACCGAGUACCAUCCCCAGGUGGCCGCUCUGUCUCCGGGGCCUGGUUGAGGGGAGACCAUCUCACAGGACGCUCUGGGCCCCUGGUCUCCCCGGUGUGUCAGGGGCAAAGGCAAACAAGACUAGCUGGGGGAGGAUGGUUGGCAGACUGGCCCCCAGGAAUAAUAAUCCACGCCCCUGAAAGAGAAAAAUGAGAAGACAACGAGAACCCUACUUGCAAAGUCACAACAGCCCCCCUUCGCCGAGGAUGCUGGAAGGAGGAAAGGCAUUCAGGCGAACCACACGUGGCCUGAUCUCGCCCUCCCCUCACCCCCCACCCCCCCCCCACACACUUACACACAUAGAGCUAGGCCUUUAUACUACUGAUUUUGAAGGACAGCUUUCAGUGCCUAAUAAUCUGUUUGGAUGUGCAGUGGUUGAAAAGAGAGCUGAGCACUACAAGGAACGUGAACCUCAGCCAACAAUGACUGUUCUCAUUGUAAGAUAUUUUAACCCUGUAUAAACGCAACUUUUCCUUUAGCUUAACGGCCUGGGGUGGAAUAUUAAAAAUAUAUAUUAAAAAUACGUUAAAAUUUCAGAAAAAUGUAUAAAAAAAUGAGGUCAGUUCCAUAAAGUUUUACUGCCUAUACCACCAUGUAACUACAUUAUAGCAAAAUAUUAAAAGAAUCGUUUCUUGCCUUUUUAAAGUAAGUUAUUGCACUUACAUCUUCUUUGGGAGGGGAGGAAUCUUGGCGAGAAGGGGACCUAGGGCCUAGGCAUGGGGCCAAACGGCGAGCGGGAGCAACCGGGCACUCCGGAGCACCCUUUGCUGGGCACAGCCCAAACUGUCUGUUUGGUUGGUGUUUGCAAUAAACUCCUUCUCCUUCCUCCUCUCAA